UUAAUUGAGGAUUAAGAAAAACAAAUAAGAAAAUUAGUAGUUUUAGGUCAUCUGAUGUGUGGAAUGUGGUGCAUACCUGUUGAACAAGUUUCCAAUUAACUUUUCAGACAAACUCUUUUUUGUUGAGGAUGAAUAGAGAAGACAACGUUAACUGGUUUCAUGGGAAAAUAUCACGUGAAUCCGCUGAGAAACUGUUAAAAGAGGAAGGAGAAGAUGGUGUAUUUUUAGUACGGGAGAGUAAUACUUCGCCUGGAGAUUAUGUUUUGUCUGUUUUGCAUCAGGGUCAAGUAGUGCAUUAUCAAAUACGCAGACACGGUGAAGAUGCAUUCUUCUCUAUAGAAGAGCACACAACUGUUCAUGGAUUGGAUACUCUUAUACAACAUUACCGUAGUGAUUCAAAUGGACUCGUUACUAGGUUGUCCAUUGUCUGUAAAGGAGAACCACCACCGCAUGAGUCGAGGACACAGGGAACAACAAAUUUACUGCACAGAGCAACGGAAGCGGGUCAUUUCAACGUGGUGUCGAAGUUACUGGCAAGCGGCUACCGAAGUCGCGACGCCAAGAACCAGGACGGUCAGACCGCGGUGCACAUCGCCGCGAGGGCGGGACGAGACACCAUCCUCGCCGAACUCAUCGAGAGCGGCUCCACUGUCAACGUUCGAGACUCCUUUGGAUACACGCCCUUACACUACACAUGUCAAAAUAACUUGCCGAGUACAACGGAGCUUCUGAUAACGAAAGGGAACGCUAACUAUCAAAUGAGACAUGCACCUACCGGAAAAGUACCUCUGCACGACGCAGCUCAGAAAGGACACAUUGAAUGUAUUAAGGUGCUUUUAAGAUUAAAGGCGCCAUCACAUCCAAGAACAUUAACAAAAGAAACCCCAGCAGACUUAGCAAAACAAUACGGACACGCAGAAUGCUAUCAACUACUAAAAAAUUAUCAACCAGAACAGCCCAAUACAUCAAAGAGCCAAUGGUACCACGGCACGCAGAACCGCGAUGAAGCUGUAAAGAUACUCGAAAACUACUGCAAGCAUCACAAUUUGAGAGACAAAGCCUCGGACGGCGUAUUUCUGGUGCGCUACAGUGAAAGGCGCACAGGCGCUGCCUACGUUUUGACGAUGCUCAGUGAAAACACACCUUACAACUUCAUUAUUAGAAAAGAGGGCAACUGGCUUUUCAUAGACGACGGUCCCUACUUGGAAUCAUUGGAGAGACUGAUUGAACACUAUAGCACAGUGCCUGAUGGUCUACCCACAAGGCUCACUACACCCGUUCCACCUAAACCUAAACCACCGUUACCUGAAUUUUCAACGAUGCCGAGAACAAAGAAGCUAUCAUCGAGUCGAGCAACGAAAAAUCAAACUUUAUCACUUGUGAAACACGAUAUACUUAGCGACAAAGCCGAUUUGACGUCACCUGUCUCGAAUGCUUCCAACAACAACUUGCUUGAUUUCUUCACUAGGAAUAUAUCAUUCUCAUCAGAUUUUAGUAAUGAUAGUAUGAACAACGACGAUGACAAUGACACAUAUAAAGUACCAGUGAACAGUUCUGUGACCGUACCCGAGAAUUACAAUGAAAUCUCUAUAAACUCCGACGGACAGCUAUCCACACUGCAAGAAUUCAUCCCAAUGAAUGAAUUAACAUUGGGCGCGAUGAUAGGAGAGGGCGAAUUCGGUUCAGUACUGCGAGCCACUUACACUCCGCACGAUCAGCCUCCGCAAACGGUUGCCGUGAAGACAUUACACGUGCAACACACCGACACGAACAAGAAGGAGUUCCUAUCCGAAGCCAAAGUAAUGAUGUCUUUAAGGCAUCACUGUAUUGUGAACUUGAUUGGGGUGUCUUUGGGUCCACCACUGGCAAUGGUGCAGGAGCUGGUGCCGCUCGGCUCGUUGCUAGAGUACUUGUUACGGCAUCCGGAAUCUAUAUCUCCCGGCUACGAACUGCGGCUGUGGGCUUGCCAGGUCGCCGCUGGGAUGCGCUACUUGGAGAAACGACGCUUUGUACACAGGGAUUUAGCAGCUAGGAACAUCUUGCUGGCUAACAGACAUCAAGCCAAAAUCAGUGACUUCGGUCUCUCCCGCGCCCUGUCCACCGACAGCUCGUACUACCGCGCGAGCCGCGGCGGGAAAUGGCCCAUCAAGUGGUACGCGCCGGAGUCCUACAACUACGGCACGUUCAGCCACGCCAGCGACGUGUGGAGCUACGGGGUCACGCUCUGGGAGAUGUUCUCGUUCGGACAACAACCUUAUGGGGAUAUGAGGGGCAUCGAUGCGAUACAACUUGUGGAAAGCGGUAAGCGUCUUGAACGCCCCGAGGACUGUCCUGAUGAGAUAUAUCAAGUGAUGCUGGACUGUUGGACGUACAGUCCCGAGCACAGGCCAACCUUCAGCCACCUGGUAGAUGUGUUCUCGCAGCAUCCUGAUUACGUCAACAUAAGCCAGUUAGUCCUUGAAAAUGACGAAAUUAAUGUGUGACAG